GAAAACUUUGAUUUGUUAUAUAUUAUGAUCACUUAUAAAAGUAAUUAUUUCAAUUUAAAACUAUUUAACAUUCAAGAUGAACAGUGACGAUGUAAUUUACUUGUCCUUAUUGAUAUUUUCAAUGGGAUUUGGUUUGUAUUAUCGCAAAAUUACUAACCCAGAAUAUAAGAAAUUAGUUGGUGCAUUAGUAGGAUUCUCCAUUGUCGUUGUAGUAUCCGGUUUUCAUGUUUUACAUGUUCUAAUAACCGCUUUAGUAAAUUCAUGUAUCAUACUAUAUGCUAAUAAAAGAAAAUGUCACAUAUACUCUUUCGUCUUUUCCUUUCUAUACUUAUUUUUCUUUCGAUCGACCGCUUAUUUCGGAAUUCCUUAUGCACCGGGACACACAAAUCUCAUUGAAAUGAUGUUAGUUUUAAAACUCGUCGGUUUAGCUUUUGAAGUUAACAAAUCUUUAGAAGCUAUGAAAAAACAGGACGAAUCUUUUAAAACUGAAGAACAACAGUUGGAAUAUGAAAGAUCGCAAAUUUCUGUAGAAUUUUCGGAUAUUAUAUGUUACGCCUUUAAUUAUUGUGGGGUAUUAACGGGCCCUUAUUUUCGUUAUGUCACAUACUUUGAUCAUUUACAUAAACCUUAUCAACAGUACGAUAAUUAUUUACCAGCUGUUAAGAAAAAACUAUAUUGGGUCCCAUUGUUAGUUUCACUUCAUUUAUUAACAAGUAAUUAUUGGCCAGUAGACUACAUCAAUACAGAAGAAUUUUUAAACAGAUCCUUUUUAUAUAGAUAUUGGUACAUCUGGCCAACUUUUUUGAUACUCAGAUCCAGGAUAUAUUUCGGAUUGAUUUUGACCGAAAUUGUUUGUGUAAUUGGAGGUAUGGGGGUUUAUCCGCAAUUUACAAAUCCUAAAUCAGGUCACGGUCCUACACAACAUUUCAAACAACUUAAAGAAAUAACAGAUCCUCAAAUCUUGAAAGAAACGAAAUAUUCAUACGAAACCAUCCAAUCUAUUAAUCCUUAUGAAUCAGAUUGUGUACCAACGAUGCGAGAAGCUAUGAAACAUUGGAAUAUCACAGUCCAAUAUUGGUUAGCAAUGUAUAUUUAUAGAAAUUUUCCUUAUAAAAAAUACCGAACUCAUUUUACCAUGUUGAUAUCGGCGGUGUGGCACGGUGUUUACUCUGGUUAUUACUUCUGUAUAGCCACAGUACCUUUUGCUUUAGUCUACGAAGAUAUUUGGGUUAAAUUGUUAUUAGAAGGCUCAGAAGGAUUGUCUUUGCAGAUCGCAAAGUUAAUAAUGGUUUUUCUGAAGAUGCAAAUGUUCUCUUAUCAGAGCGUAGCAUUUGUGUUAUUAGAAAUUAGAAAAAUUUUAAAUUAUUAUAAUUGCGUUUACCAUUGCGUACCGUUAAUUUAUUUGGGGUUAUAUUUUUUGGGAAGGUAUCUAUUGAAAUUAAAAACAAAACGCUUUAGAUCAACAUCUGAUUGAUAUUAGAAAAUUAUAUGAAUAACUGUUUUCUUGACGAAAUAAAAUAAAUAAAUUAAUUUUGUACUUAUUGA